GAUCAACAGCAUCCCAGAUUCCAUUGCUCGUGCUCAUAUCAAGCCAUUUGGCAGGGCCAGGAACUAGUUUCUCUACGGCCUGGUUCUGCCAAUCGCAGGCUCCUCCGGCAUCGCCUGAUCCUAAACGGGCACGCCACUGAUCGAACGACCGCCCAUUCGCAGACCUCGUUCGAACCUAAACUGCUAUCUCUCAUUGACAUCUGAGUUCUCCAUGCCUCCGAUCCACGCGACGGCUCUCGGGUGAAUCCGGUCGCUCUACUCGUAGUAACUUCUGUGAAUUUAGUUAAAAAUUGGAGUUCACCGUCACUAGCAGCCAUGGACGAUCUGAUCUCGUUAGGAGAGACGCUUCAGCAGGCGUCGUCGGCCCUCGUCGGCGACGACCUUCCGGACCCCGACGAUUCGCGCUCCAGCAGCGGCUCGUCGCCCGUCAUCCAGCUCGUCGUGCUCGGCGCUCCGGGCGCCGGAAAGUCAGCUGUUCUUAACACACUCAUUGGCCAUGCGGUCCUGCCAACAGCGGAAGGGGGAGCCACACGCUUCCCUGUUCUGGUCGACCUACAAAGGGACCCCAACUUGGGGGUAGGGAGCGUUCGCGCGAGUCUCGGGCCACGAGCUAACAUGCGAAAACCCUCGGAAGUGCGGCAGGCCCUGGUGGCGGACAUGGCACAGGCCAAGUCCAAGUCAAGGAGUCGCCAGGAGGCCCACCUCGUCCUCCGCUCACCCAUUGCGCCGCCAAUGCGCAUGGCGGAUCUUCCAGGAGUCGAACGGUCGUCAGACCUCGAUGGCACACUGCAAGACAACGUGGCGAAUCAGGAUGCCAUAAUCCUAGUUGUGGUUUCUGCCACACGCGUCAAGGAUUCUCUCAAGCUGCUGCGAGUGGCGCAUGACAUUGACCGGGAUGGCGCGCGGAGCAUUGGCGUAAUUACACAGUUUGAGCGGGUGGUGGCCGAUAAGCCAGCAGCGAAGCUGGCGCUGGAGCUGCUGCAGGGGCAGGGGGCAGCGAUGGCGCAGGAUUACCCAUGGGUGGCGGUGAUGGGGCAGCCGCUGGGGGACAAGGACACGGACGCGCCCAUGGACGAGGCGUGGGCAGGCGAGCAGAAGGCGCUGUUAAGUGUGAUGCGCGCGCUGGGGGUGAAGGGCAUGGAGGGCGCGAUGGGGCGCGACGCGCUGCUGCGCAUGAUUGCACGCACGAUGCGGAGAAAGAUGAAGGAGAAGAUCCCCAGGAUCAUGGCGGGUCUCGAGUCUCGCUCGGUGGACGUGGAGUCGGAGCUCUUGAGGCUCGGCGAGUCGCUCGUCUCCAACCUGCAGGGCUCUCGAGCCGUGGCUCUGGAGCUGUGCCGUGGCUUUGAGACGCGCUUCAUUGAGAACUUGGACGGCAGUGAGGGCGGGGGCUCGCAGAUGGUUGAGAAGUUUGUCGGCACGCUACCCCUGCGCUUCCGAGGCCUGCCACUGGAUGAGAUGUUUAACUUUGAUAACGUGAAAAAGGUGGUGGCAGAGGCAGACGGGUAUCAGCCGUACGUGAUCUCUCCCGAGAAGGGCCUUCGCCUGCUCAUCAAGCGAAGCCUCAACCUGGCCAAGCAGCCGGGGCUAGACUGUGUGGAUGAGGUGCACAAGAUUCUGCUGGACAUUGUUGUGGCAGCAGCGUCCACAGCUCCCUCCUUGGUCCGCUUCCCUCCGAUGAAGAAAGAGCUGGUUGCCAUUGCAUCAGCAGCGCUCGAUGAAUAUCGUGCAGAGGCGAAGGUGAUGGUGACGGCGCUGGUGGACAUGGAGAGGGUGUUCAUCCCCGCCACGCACUUCAUCGAGGCGGAGUACAAGCGCCAGGAGACGCUCUUCAAGGGGAUGAGCAAUGCUCGCAAGUCAGUCACCCGAGCGGGCGAGGGCCGGUUCGGCUCGUUCAUGUCAUCGAUGGGACGGAAAAAGGACGCCCCCGCUCCUCCCCCGCCCUCUGCUUCAUUCUCUGCUGCGGCCAGCCAGCCUCAAGAGCCGCCAAGGGAACUCGCAGGCUUCCUGUGGAAGGUCAGCUCCAAGGGAGGAUGGAGCAAGCGCUGGUUCGCCCUCAGUGACAAGACAGCCAGGCUGUACUAUGUGAAGAAGCCGGAUGAGAAGACUCCCAGAGGCGUCAUCCCUCUAGAGGACUGCAUUGUGGAGGACAACCUGUCCCCAGAGGAGGUCCCCUCAGCGUCGGACCUCAAGUCUGGAAGCCCUUCAGCUCAAUCGCUGUCGUUCAAAAUCAGUAAUCGCACCCCGUACAAGACCGUGGUCAAAGUGCACAACUCCCUCAUCCUUCGAGCCGACAGCUUAGCAGAGAAGCAGCAGUGGGUGCAGCGGCUGCGCAGCCACACCAAGGCGUUCAAAGAAGCCCCCUCGCCCCCGCCAGAAGCAGCAGGAGGGGAGGGGGACGACGCAGGGGGGGCGGAUGGGGAGAGGCAUGAGGGGGAGAACGGGCCUGGGGGCGUCCCCCCUGCGCCUGGGCUCCAGGGGGGACCUGGGGGAGGGGUAGCUGGGGGGGGAACCAGCGGGUGGUGAGUCCGGAGGAGGAGUUGAAGGCCAUGGCGACAGAAGUGAGGAGAUACGUGCAUGCUGUGCUGGCGCACCUGGCGGACAACAUCCCCAAGGCCAUAGUUCUGACUCAAGUGGAGAAGGCCAAGGACGCCAUGCUCACAAAGCUGUACCAGAAAGUCAGUGAGCUGUCGGACGAUAGCUUAUCAGUGCUGCUGCAGGAAGAUAUGGAGAGCAAGGCCAAGCGAGAGCGGUUCAAGCACCUGCAGGGGGCUCUGCUGAAGCUGAAGCGUUCUCUCAGCUUGCAUGAGGCCAGAGCGUCAGCGGAAGAAGAGGCUGGAGGAGGUGAGAAGGAUAAGGUGGACGACUGGAGAGCAGCAUUCAACAAGGCAUCGCCCAUGACCUCAGUGCAGGAAGAAUUACCGUCCCCCAAGUCCUCUGCUCCUGCUCUCUCCCCAACCUCCUCCAAGCCUGCCCGAACCUCCUCCGGACCUCCCAAGGGAUCAGGCUCGGCAGGAGCAGGAGGAGGAGGGGCAGGUUCGUCCCCCGCUCCUGGCGCCUCCCCUGCUGCAUCUCAAGCUGUUGCCUCCGCUGCUGCUGCUGCUGCUGCCGCUGCUGCUGCUGCUGCAGCGGCAGGGAGAGGGGGAGCAGGAGCAGGAGGGGGGGCAGGAGGGGCAGGCGGGGCAGGCGGGGCUGGUUCUGCAGGCUCCCCUUCCCCAUCCAUCUCGUAUGCUCCGAGAACCAGCAUGAGCAUGGCGCCAUCUACAACCAGUCCCAUGGGAGGGGGCGGGGGCAUGGGCAUGCCUGGCAGCUCAAGCCUUGGGGGGUAUGGUGGGAGUGUUGGCAUGAGCAGCAGUGCUGGCGCAGCAGCAGGUUUCGGCAGCGGCAGCAGCGGAGGUGCUAGGGGAACACCGCCUAUGGGUGCUCCUCCUAUGGGCAGUGCGCCAAUGGGCCAGCCAAUGGGGCAGCCGAUGGGUGCACCUAUUGCGACGGGCCCUCCCCGCAAUCCGUCCCCGCUGCGGCAGAUGCUGAGUGGUGUGGGCAUGGGCAGGAGAGUUCCCCCGCCUCCCCCAACCACCUCUGCCCCCACGUAUAAAUACCCUUAACUCUGCCAUUGAGAAAGCUUGCUUUCUUGUCCUUUGCAAUAGGCAUCGUUCUCAUUUCAAGUGGCAUGGUACAAUAGUCGCUUACUAGCUUAUAAGAAUCUAAACAUACACGCAUCAUGAUCCUAGUUGUGUGCUCCCGUUCAAGUGACCGGCUGUCCAUUGGAGAUGGGCGGUUGUCUAGAGGGGGGGGGGGUGGGAAGGUUGACUGAGCCGUUUGAAAAAUGAGAGACGUGGGUGGAGGUAAAUGAGCUCCAACCCAGGUAUAUGUAGUUGGAGAAGGGCGAGUAGCGCGCUUCGACGAUGCCCAACGCUUCAGUACAAUCAGCUUCGCU